GUUUUGAGGACGUGUGGAGACAACGGAGAAACCAAAGCGCUGCGUUUUGAGGGGAAAAAACGAAGCCGUUUUAGUGGGUUGCAUGCAGCGAGCUCUGGGAUUUGGAAAUUGGAGCCUCCCGUUCGAAAUGACCAAAACGGUGCGUUCCAAUUGUAUCGGUUCUCUCACUGUGUAACAAUUUGGUGUGUUGUGCUCUGUCGGGCGGAGAAAUAUCUGAAUCCUCCUUUUUCUAAGGUCUCUCUCAACCCAAAAACAAGCCUAAGAGGAAACCUUUUCCAUUUUGUUGAAGGGCUUGUAUGAUCUAUUGAUUUUCCUAUGCUACUUGUGUGAGCUACUGUGAUCGGGCUAUAUUACCACUGCUCGGUCAAAUAUACUGAAGAUGCAGGCAUUAGCCUCAACUCGAUUGCUCCUUCUUGUUGGAGAUUGUUUACCCUUAGGAAAGUUAUUACAUGUUUCUCGAUUCCAUGGAAGUGUACGUUUUCUGAGUCGGGUUGAUCGUGAACAUGGACCUCUUACUCUUGCAAGCCUUGGAUUCAAAAGUGAAUUUGAAACAACAAAGGGUAACAAAACAAAACCACUUCAUCAACUGAAUGCUGUGCCUGAAGUCUCCAAAAAUAAAGUGAAGGCGGUCAGAAGCAAUGAAAUGAAGGCAGUUGGUACCAAAAAAUCAAUUGAAAUAGAGGCAGCUCCAUUUGCUGCAAAGUCAUUUUCUGUGCUUGGUCUCCCUCCUUUAUUGAUUGACAGGUUAGAACGGGAAGGCUUCUCAGUUCCAACUGAUGUUCAAUCUGCAGCAAUUCCCACAAUUCUUAAGAAUCAUGAUGUUGUGAUUCAGUCUUAUACUGGCUCAGGGAAAACAUUGGCUUAUCUCCUUCCUAUACUGUCUGAAGUGGGACCACUGAAGAACAAACCUCCCAAUGCUGACAACACAUCUAGGAAUAAAAUGGAGAUAGAAGCAGUGAUUUUGGCUCCCUCUAGGGAGCUGGGGAUGCAAAUUGUGAGGGAGGUUGAGAAGCUGUUAGGACCAGCAGACAAAAAACUCGUUCAGCAGCUUGUAGGGGGUGCAAACCGAACAAGGCAGGAAGAAGCUCUCAAGAAAAACAAGCCAUCCAUUGUCGUUGGGACACCUGGACGAAUUGCAGAGAUGAGUGCAUCGGGGAAACUUCGUACCCAUGGCUGUCGUUACUUGGUCUUAGAUGAAGUUGACGAACUCCUUUCGUUCAAUUUCCGGGAGGACAUGCACAGAAUAUUGGAACACGUAGGAAGGAGGUCUGGUGCAGACCCACAUGGUACAAAAAGCCCACUUGAAAGGCGGACUGAGCGGCAAACCAUCAUGGUGUCUGCAACAGUGCCAUUUUCAGUGAUAAGAGCAGCUAGGAGCUGGGGGCGUGACCCACUGCUUGUUCAAGCCAAAAGUGUAAUCCCACUCGAGUCUCUACCUACUGGACCUGUUAAUUUGUUAGGGCCUACAUCCACUUCGAGUUCAAGCUCAAGCUUGCAGACUCAGGCAGCAGCAGAGGGCCUGCCACCAGUUUUGAAACAUUAUUUCUGUGUCACAAAGUUGCAGCACAAGAUCGAUACAUUGAGAAGGUGCGUUCAUGCACUCGAUGCCAAGUGUGUGAUAGCUUUCAUGAAUCACACCAAGCGGCUAAAGGAUGCUGUCUUCAAGCUGGAGGCUCGUGGGAUGAAAGCCGCUGAGCUACAUGGGGAUCUUGGCAAGCUUGCUAGAUCAACAACUUUGAAGAAAUUCAAGAAUGGGGAAGUGAGGGUUCUGGUGACAAACGAGCUUUCUGCCAGGGGUUUGGAUGUGUCCGAGUGUGAUCUUGUGGUUAAUCUGGACUUACCCACAGACUCAAUUCACUAUGCACAUCGAGCUGGCAGGACAGGUCGGCUUGGCAGGAAGGGUACUGUGGUCAACAUAUGUGAGGAGCCAGAAGUGUUUGUUGUAAAGAAACUGCAGAGGCAGCUUGGGGUCCCCAUUCAGGCUUGUGAGUUCACAGAGGGCAAGCUUGUUGCAACCACAGAUGAGGAGAAAACCUUAGAGGCUGUCAAGUAACAUGACAUCCUAUCUUCUUUUUCAAGUCUUCUCAAGAGAAUUCAUCUGGAUAGUUUUCCCUUCAGAUACAGGUAUCUUUUAGAGUCUGUUCUCAUACCAAUUAGUAGUAAUAAUGUUGUUGAACUUUUUGUGUAUUUCAGAUUGACAAGAACUACUUCCUCUGAGAAAUUGGAAGUUUGUCUUCAGAUAUGAGCUACUCAUAGAAUUAUACCGUAUUGACUCUACUGAUUGCUUUUUUGA